UUUGUUAUUGUAAAACGGAACGUGUAAGAGCAACAUGCGAAAGUGGUAAAAUAACCUAUAAAAUACAACAAUUCUGUACUAUUCCGUAGAACAAUUCAGUUAAAUAGUCGUAGCAUGUCGUGUUAAUUAGAACUAUAAAUAUGACGACAACGACAGAUACAAUUCCGUUUAUUAAAACUAUUCACGAUGGCGAAGAAGUCGAGAAUUUCUCAGAGGAAUCUGAUGAAGAAAUUGAAUAUCAACCGUCGAAGCAGAAGGUAAAACAGAAAGCAGACUUCAAUCCUAAGUUCCAAUUUGUUGGUUCAGUUGAGGAAUAUAAUAAGAAUCCAUGGGAUGAUCUGCAGAAGUAUGUCAGACGUAAUGUUAAGCAGACACUAGACCAGAAGAUAGAGAAGAGAAGAGCACAAGUAAAGGUUCAUGGAAACUCUAAUGACGUUGACACAGACUCCGAUGUGGAAGCUAAAGACAGUGACGUGGGUGAGCUGGAGAUAUCGGACGAUGAACUCAAAAGAGAUGAAAUUAAAACUAAACAGAGGAAGAUCACUAAAAAACAAAAAAUGCAAGAGGCCCUCGAAGACGAGACAGAACAAGGCACCCGUAUCGAGUACGACUCGGACUUCUUCGAGGAACCUCCUCCGUACGACGAGAAUGCAUCCUUCUACAUGAUGAACCUGUCCCGGCCGCUGCUCAAGGCGAUAGGCUCGCUCAACUACGUGCACCCCACGCCCAUACAGGCUGCCACUAUACCAGUGGCGUUGCUCGGCAAGGACGUAUGCGCGUGCGCGGCCACGGGCACAGGUAAGACGGCGGCCUACAUGCUGCCCAUCCUGGAGCGGCUGCUGCACAAGGCGGGCGGCGCCGCGCGCGUCACGCGCGUGCUCGUGCUCGUGCCCACGCGCGAGCUGGGCGCGCAGGUCCAUGCGGUAACGAGGCAAUUAUCACAGUUCACCCCAGUCACCAUCGGUUUGUCCGUCGGUGGAUUGGACGUCAAGUAUCAGGAAACAGUGCUCCGUCACAACCCGGACAUAGUGAUCGCGACCCCGGGGCGGCUGAUCGACCACAUCCGGAACACGCCGUCCUUCGGGCUCCAGUCCAUCGAGGUGCUGGUGCUCGACGAGGCUGACAGAAUGCUGGACGAAUACUUCGCAGAGCAGAUGAAGGAGAUCAUCCGUCAGUGCUCCCCUAAGCGGCAGACCAUGCUGUUCUCAGCCACCAUGAGUGAGCAGGUCAAAGACUUGGCUGCCGUCUCUCUCAAGAAGCCGGUGAAGCUGUUCGUGGACUCCAAUAAGGAUGUAGCGUUUAAUCUGAGGCAGGAGUUCGUUAGGAUCCGCCGCGAGCGCGAGUGUGACCGCGAGGCUCUGCUGGCGGCGCUGGUGUGCCGCACGUUCCGCGACCGCGCCGUCGUGUUCGUGCAGACCAAGCGCCAGGCGCAUCGCCUGCAUGUCGCGCUGGGACUGCUCGGGGUCAAGGUAGCGGAACUCCACGGCGCGCUGAACCAGCCGCAGCGCCUGGACUCGCUGAAGCGCUUCCGCGAGGAGCAGGUGGACGUGCUGGUGGCCACGGACGUGGCGGCGCGAGGCCUCGACAUCCCCGGCGUCAAGACUGUCAUCAACUUCACGCUGCCCGCCACGCUCGAACAUUAUAUACACAGGGUGGGUAGGACAGCGCGAGCGGGUCGCGCGGGCGUGUCGGUGUCGCUGGCGGGCGAGGCGGAGCGCGGCCUCGUCAAGGCCAUCGUGAAGCGCGCGCGGAGGCCCGUCAAGUCGCGCCAGCUGCCGCCCGACAUCGUGGCCAAGUACCGGGACCGGCUGGCGAGACUCGAGACCGAGAUAUCUGCAAUACUAGACGAAGAAUACGCAGAGAAACAAAUGAAUAAGAUGGAGAAACAAACAGCAAAGUUAGAAGGAGCCAUCAAGACGGAGGACGGGCCUCGGAUAGAGCCGCAGCGGCAGAGGGAGUGGUUCCAGACGCCGCGCGAGAAGAGAGAGGAGAAGGAGAGGCUGGCACUCACACGACACCCUGACCAAGACAAGAAGAAAGGCGGUAAGGGUAAGAAGCGCAAGCGAGACGAUGAUGAUGAUGACUCGGGUGAUGACACGCGCAAGAAAAAGCGCCCCACCAAGCACAAGCCGAAGGACACGCCGGAAGACAGGGUCAACAGGGAGAUGGAAAAGGUCGCUCUCCUCCAGUCCCGUAUGGAAAAACGCAAGAAAAAGCAACGUAGGAUACGCGCAGUUGACGAUAACGACGACCUUCCAAAACAACGCCCUAAGACAGCUAACAAAAGCAAGAAGAAACAAAGCAACUUCGCCACAGACCUCACUGACACGUCCCGAACCGCGGCCAAAAGACUCCGAUACGACGCUAACAAGGCUCAAAAAGGCAAAGGCAUGCAGAAAGGCAAGCCUAAAGAUAAAGGAAAAGGCAAGCCCAAGGCGUUCGGCAAGCCUCAAAUGGGGAAAAAGCCUCAAGGGGGGAGAAAUCCUCAAGCGGGAAAGGGGGGGCGGAGGAAAAAUAAAUAAAUGUGUCUUUGUUUAA